AUGAGUGACGAUGAAGAAUCAUCCUCAAACGAUGAAGAAGUGCUGCCGCCACAUGCCGUAGAAGCUGUUCGUCGUCAAGAACGUGAUUUCCAUCGUAUACGUGAUGACGGGGAAAAUUCUGAUGAUGAUGAUGAUGAAGAUGACGACGAAGACAACGAUGAUGUUGAUGAUGAUGAAGAUUCGUCAGAUGAUACUAAACGAGAACCGUUCAAUAUAAAUUUACCAUCAACUCAUCAGUACCUCCAUAUACCCCGUGCCGAUGAUAAACUUUUCGAUUACAAGCCUUUGGAAGCAAAUACAGUUAUAUCAGUUUCUAUAAUUAAGUUGCAUGUUGUUAUGUUCCCAAACCAGUUAUUGCCUUUUCACGCGGCAGACAAUAUGACAGUGAGGCAACUUGUGGAAGCAUCAUCAAAAGGCACACUGAUUGCACUGAAACCAGAUUUUGUUGCGAACUCGCGCGACAUUGCAACCCUAAUACAAGUUGUUCAGGUAUCUGCUAUCGACAACGAGGGGGUGUCUAUACAUGCUCUAGGAAGGCAGAGGUGUAAAAUACGUGAAGAGCAUUCUGCAAUUAACGGGAUGCGGUACGGUGAAGUAGAAGUACUAGAUGAUAGAGAAUUACGGCCCUUCAUUCCGUAUGACGUCUCACGUUCUCUUGCCAGAAUGAGAAUGCCAAAAAAAAGAUAUGUGCAGCAGAUUCUAUCUUGGUUGUCUUCUUGGUUUCCAAAUGAUAAAAUCGAUGCAAAUUUAUCCGAAGUACUUCUUCAGUUCAUUACUUUAAUUGCUCAAAAUAUCGCUGAUGUACUCAUGAAAUUGUACCUUUUUCAUGGUCUAUCAAACUUAGAUACUGUUAAGGGGCUCACAUCAUUCAGUUUCUGGGUGGCCGCCAACAUUCCGGUAGACACAGUAAUAAGGCUUGCUUUACUGGAAGAGUCUUGCACUGAUAGAAGAAUAAUAAACGAGUGCCUUCAUUUGCGAAAAAUUAAUCGAAUCGUUUGCAAAAGGUGUGGUACAUUUCUCUGCAGUUUGUCGGACAUAAUUAGUAUUUCUACAGAAGGCAACAGUGCACUCUACGUCAAUCCAAGCGGGUAUGUUCAUGACAUGUUUACUGUAUCAAAACUGAAUUCUACUACACCACAAGGAAAUCCAUCUGCAGAAUUCUCAUGGUUCCCAGGGUAUGAGUGGACGAUCCACAACUGCGCUUGCUGCCGAAAUUUCAUUGGUUGGCGUUUCACCAGUAAAAGUUUGAAACCACGGUACUUCUAUGGAAUCAGCCGAGCAAUGGUUUGUCCUCGUGAUAGAAACCGAUUACUCAAUGAGGGUCCACGUGAUUUUGCAGACGAGUACCUUUACUUACAGCUUUAA